AUGGCUGCCUCUUUUCCCAUCAUAAUUGCUCUCGUCAUAGGCAUUUUAACGGCGAUUUAUAUGAGAAAGACGAAGGAUGGCAACAAGCAUGGAGAGAAAGUUCUCCUGAAGCUUCCCCUCAUUGGCGAUAUCCACAAAUCACCUAUCGAGAAACCGUUAUUGAAUUGGGAUGCUUGGACCAGAGAAAAUGGCCCGAUUGCAGUCCCGAAGCUUUUUGGACUCAUCCCUAUCGUCGUUCUUAAUUCAUGUGAUGCAGUGACAGAACUCUUCAGCCAUCGCAGUCAAUGGUAUAGCAACCGUCCGUCGUCAGUUAGCAUGGAAAUGAUUACAGAUUCGAAAGGCGGGAAAUCGAAAUUCACCUUAAUGCAUGACUACGAUGAGGAGCUUAAAUUGCAUCAUCGGGUUCUCUCUCCCAGCCUGGGAGCUCCUGGCGCACCCAACUAUCAACCCUUGAUGGAACUCGAGUCGACACAGUUGAUCUUCGACCUUUGUGAGGCUGUGAAGAAAUCCCCAGAUGCGAUCAGCACAGACACAAUCUACCUGCUUUUGGAACGCACACAGUCUAGUGUUAUUCUGGGUCUACACUACGGACUACGUAUUUCACAUUUUGAUGAGGAAAUCCUGCGAGAGAUCAUGGAUCUCCAAACUCAAAUCACGUAUAUUGCUGGUAACCCGGGACUUCCAGAUAUGAUUCCAGGACUUCGUCACCUUCCCGCUUUUCUAUCUCCGUGGAAACGGUCGGCCAAUAAAAUGUAUGCCACUCAAGUAGACCUCUAUAUGCGUCUAUUAAAGCUCGGGAAAGAUUCUCCAGGUUGGAAUGCAACAAAGCAAGCCAUUGCGACCGCAAAGAAGUACUCGGAUAGUGGAGAAAUACCGGACCUCGAUCUUUCAUUCACACUUGCAACGUCUGUUGCCGGCGGAAUUGAGACAUGCCCACGUCAGGUCCUAUGGUUAUUUAUCGCAGCUUUGCGUAAACCGUCCUUCAUUGAGAAAGCUCAUGCUAUCUUUGAUGAAGUCAUCGGUCGUGCCGAUUACCUCGUUUCUCGGACAGGUCAGAACUCACAUUCAUCGAUGCUGUUGCGCAAGAGAUGUUCCGAUGGCGACCUGUCUCCCCAGGUUCAAUUCCACGCCGAGCGGAUAAAGACGAUGAAUACAAUGGUGUGA